CCGUGCGUUGUGCGUUUCUUUCAAUCUUUUCUUGUGCAACGUGUAUAUCUGAACACACGUGCUCUCAGACAAGAGAUAACGUCUGAACUCUGAAGCAAUUUCGUGUUGAGGUCGUUGAGGAGCAGCCGAACACGCGUUUGCACAUAUCUGUUAUGGGUAAACCAGCAUUUUCACCAGGUAGAGGAGCAGGCCGUGGAGGUGGUCGCGGUGGUGGCCGUGGAGGAGGCAGAUCAAGCUUUGGCGAAAGUCGUGGAGGUUUUAGGGGUGGAAGAGGCGGUGGUGGACGUGGAGGACGAGGUGGUGGAUUCCGAGGAGGAAGAGCAAGUGGUGGUGGUGGAGGUGGUUUUAAAGGAGGAAAGAAUGUGAUAAUAGAACCACAUCGCCAUGAGGGAGUAUUCAUAGCCCGAGGAAAGGAAGAUGCAUUAGUAACCUUGAGCUUAGUACCAGGGGUAGCGGUAUAUGGAGAAAAAAGAAUUAGCAUCGAGUCUGACAAACCCGGUGAAAAGGGUGAGAAGAUAGAAUAUAGAGUAUGGAAUCCAUUUCGAUCUAAGUUAUCUGCUGCUAUUCUCGGAGGUGUUGAUAAAAUUUACAUGUCACCAGGAAGCAAAGUAUUAUAUCUAGGCGCAGCAUCAGGUACCACUGUGUCUCAUGUCGCCGACAUAGUUGGCCCGGAAGGAACUGUGUUUGCAGUGGAAUUCUCCCAUCGAACGGGGAGAGAUUUAAUUGAUGUUGCUAAAAGAAGGAGCAACAUCAUACCUAUAGUCGAAGAUGCGAGACACCCUCACAAGUACAGAAUGCUUGUAGGGAUGGUAGAUACCAUAUUUUCGGAUGUUGCGCAACCGGACCAGGCGAGAAUUGUUUCACUAAAUGCGCAAAAUUUCCUAAAGAACGGCGGACAUUUUGUCAUUUCUAUUAAAGCAAGUUGCAUAGACUCGCUCGCUCUACCUGAAGCGGUAUUUGCAGCAGAAGUGAAAAAAUUAUCUGCCGACAAUUUGAAACCACAAGAGCAAAUAACACUCGAACCAUAUGAAAGAGAUCACGCUGUUGUAGUGGGAGUUUAUAGACCACCACCGAAGAAGACUACCUAA